AUCAAUACUUAGAGAAGCUUUGAAUGUUGAAGAAUGGGCAAUGUAUUGUGAUUGACUCUUGUGCUGCCAAAAGAGUCGGGUGGUUAGUUGAGCUUGUGCUGAAUUUGCUAUUUUUGAGGAUAUUUUCACUGUACUUGAUGUACUAAGAUGGAGUUACUAACUGUUCUGGUUCUUAUAAGCUUUCCCCCAUUUUUAGCUGUCUAUAGUUUCAGAAAUUUUCACCAUAUUGAUUUAGUUGGAUAAGGCCUGUAAGGUAGAAUUACUUUAGUGUGCCAAAUUUAGUGAACUUUGUAUUGGUUACUUUUAGCUAGAGUCUCUUUGAAACAAUUUAGUGUUGCCUGGUUACUAUUAUGGCUUCGAUUAGAAGAACGUUGUCCCCAGUGCCUCGUCCUGGAAGCACUAUGAAUGGAGAAGUAUGUCCUGCAGCCUCUCCACUGUCCAAGUCUUCAUCAUGUACCAAUAGUAAUACACCAACUGGUGCAUUGCUUCCUUCUUUUGGUUCAUUCGAUUAUGCCAUCUACAAGGUUCAGACAUUUGUAGUUGGUCUUUUGUCACGACGAUCUUCUAGGCCCUUAGAAAGGUCAAAGUUGAAGGGGCUCAUUUGGAGGAGAGCUAUUCUGCAAUUGUUUUUCUGCUUCAUUCUUGGAGUAUUUAUUGGCCUUACUCCAUUACUAAAUUUGUCAACAAAUUUUAUCUCUAAACAUCAAGCUUUAUCCUUUGAGGUCCUCCAGCCAGAAGAAAAUGCUCGAUCAUAUGAUGUAUCUAGAAAUGUGACUUCAACCACAGAGGAUUUGCCUAUCAUAGAUAAUUCGACAUCAGAGCCUAACUUAGUACAUGUUGAACUGAAAGAAGACAUUGCCUACAAUGCCUCCUUUAAUCAAUCACUUGACCAAGAUACGACAGUGUCCCGUAAACUUUUGAUUAUUGUGACUCCUACAGAAACCCGUCCAUUUCAAGCAUACUAUCUAAAUCGUCUGGCCUAUGCAUUAGAGUUGGUGCCUUCUCCUUUAUUGUGGAUAGUUGUUGAGAUGAACUCCCAAUCUGUUGAAACUGCUGAUAUAUUGAGAAGAACCGGAGUCAUGUACAGACAUCUUGUGUGCAGCAAGAACUCAACUGAUGUGAAAGAGAAAAAUGUGCAUCUAAGGAAUGUGGCACUCUCUCACAUUGAAACACACCACCUUGAUGGCAUUGUCUAUUUUGCUGAUGAGUACAACAUAUACUCUGCUGAUGUCUUCGAGCAGAUGAGACAGAUCAGCCGGAUCGGGACAUGGAUUGUGGCAAGACUAGCUGAAAAUAAUAGGAAAGUUAUCUUGCAGGGUCCAAUCUGUAACGGCUCUCAGGUUAUAGGUUGGCACACUGAAGGUAUGACAAAAAGAAUUCAGAGAUUCUAUGCAGAAAUAUCGGGAUUUGCAUUCAAUAGUACGAUACUUUGGGAUACAAAGAGGUGGCACCGACCAACACUAGAACCUAUAAGGCAGUCUGAUACAGCCAAAGCUAGUUCUCAAGUGAGCACAUUUAUCGAACAAAUGGUGGAAGAUGAAAGCCAAAUGGAAGGCUUACCAAUGAACUGUUCAAGAAUCAUGGUUUGGCAAUUCAACACGGAGAUAUUGUACCCAUAUCCUCAUGAAUGGAUGGUGAAGAAUUACUUAAGAACCAGUACUUCAGUUGGAUGACAAUUUUGACAUGCCGAUAGAUUCUUGAGCAUUGAUAAGUGCAGGGGAAAUUUAGUGAACAGUUAUGAGCGUCAGCUGCAAAUAUUUAUCGGACCAACCACUUGAAUGCUGUCAGUUUCGAGCUUGUAAUGUUUAACUACAUGCUGUAGUAUCUAAAGAGACCAAGGAGGCCAGUUAUCUCUGCCCUUUUCUCCCUCUCCCCACACUCCUCUUCCGUUUUCCUGUUCUGCUGCUAUAUCAGUAGAUAUUUAUCUGUACAGUUGCUUAGCUAGUCACGGUAUAGUCUUCUGGCUACCAAGUCAGAAGCAGCAAAAUUGUGGCCAUAUGGAAAAAAAUAUUUACAACAGAUAAGUGAGUUUCAAGUUCCUAGCCAAUUCUUUCUAAAA